AUGAAUAGAUGGAAAGAAUAUUUUCAGGAGCUUCUCAACUUUAAUUCCAACAUACUACAUCUAGAUGAACACUCCCCAUAUCAAAACCUUAUACAACCAAAAACAGAACAAGAAAUAAUCACAUGCUUCAAGUUAAGAGACAUAAUCGAAAUGGGAGACACUCAGUUUGGCUUUAUGCCUGGAAGAUCAACAACUGAUGCAAUCCACGCAUUUAGGCAAAUGAGUAUAAAAUACAAGGAAAAGAACAAAAAGCUACACAUGGUCUUUUUCGAUCUAGAAAAGGCCUUCGAUAGAAUCCCAAAAAAACUUAUCUGGUGGGCGCUACGCCAUAAAAAUCUUCCCGAAAAAUAUAAAAGAAUAAUACAGGAUAUGUAUAUGGUCCAUACAACAAUGGUCCGUAGCACAACUGGUACUUCAGCAGGCUUCACGAGGGUGUUCAUCAAGGAUCGGCUCCUAGCCCAAUUCUCUUCAUAA